AUGGAGGACACAGAUGUUCUCAACAUUUUGACUCCUCAUUCUUCAGAUGGAUUUUAUGCAAGCAACAAUCAGUUCCAAUGGAGUGGGAGAAAAGGUUUUGUUGAGUUCAAGAUCUUAAAAUACCACGGUCUUUACUUGAGGAUGGAUCUUCCUGGCGUUUCUAAGGAUCUUUUCAGCUAUUCACUUGGUGAAGACAAGAAAUCUGUUUCUUUUGAAGGAGAAGCACCGAAAAGGUCCCCAAAUGAGGAGGAUGGCCGCGGUUGUUAUGCCUCUUCCUUCAGCCUUUCUUGCAACUGCUGUGAGAUCUCUAAAGUUAAGGCUGAUGUGGGAGAUGGUGUGGUCAGGAAGAUCUUUCGAAAAGUUCAAGUUAAUAACCUUGAAGGAAAACCUUGCUUGAAUGGUGGGUUGGUUCUUGUUUAAUUUAUUUUAGUUCUUUAAUUUCUUCGUGUUGUGUACUAUUCGGCCGUUGCUUUCUCUAUGUCUAUGUAUUUCUAAUGAUUUUGCUCGUAUUUUAUAUGUAGGGUUUGGAAAACAGCUUUCAGGUAUUCAACUUUCAAUCCCAUUUGGGUUGUUGAUAUAGUUUAUUCUGUUGAUCUUAUUAUUUCUUCCAUGAUA